GUAGUUCGGUUGAGAGGUGAUCGUCGAGUGUCGAGAUUGUAUUCGCGUGCUCCAGCUGCUGAUCUUAUUAAAUAUACUCUUCCAUUUGACCACCGCCAAGAAAAUGCCUCAAUCCCUACCGACAUUUUCAUUUCCCGUGGGCGAUAAUAUCUAUAUCCUCUUAUGUUCACUUUCACUUAGCUUUGCUGUGUUACUGUAGUGUACUCUCGAACCUGUAUAAUUGAACUUGAAAUUGUUGUCCUGACAACUAAUUCAAUCAAUGAAGACGACUACAUCAUAUACAUCAUGACUUAUCAACAUCCACUUCAGCAUUUAUCAUUCACAGUGAACGAAGACGUAUAAUCUUCCGAUUCUGAGCCUGAUUUUCCGCCUGACUUUUAUUCCCAAAUCUAACAAUCUCUUUUAUUAGCCGUUUUUGUUUUCAUCUUGCUGAGAAGUCGAAGACAAGAACUCUUGCUCCUGAGUCGUAGACCCUUCUUGCUCUUGUUCUCGAUUCGAUCUUUUGCUCUGCUCUUUUUGACUUCAUCAUCUCGGUUCCAACAUACUACGUACAGCUAGUGGCCUCAACAACGACAACGAGAUAACAUCUGCUACUUCAACAUUUUACGAGUUGUGCAUCAACAACAAUUAGAGGCAUCUUUUACAUCUUCGCACUUCGUUCUCUGUGAGAAUACGACGACUUCCCUCUUGUUCGUAGAGAAGUAAGCUGUGUCGAGAAUCACAAUGUCCAAAUUCUUGAAGCUAGCCGUCGCUGGCUUUGCCGGUGUGGGAGUUGCACGCGAAACGCGGUACUUGCGCAAUGUUAUGAAGAUCUAGACUUGAUAGCGUUGACGAUCAUCACGUCUUCUACUUCUACAACGUAGUCCUGAGAAGUCCUACCACUCAAUCUCAAGAAUCUAGAAACAAGAAUAUAGAGACUGUGUUUGAAGCGUCCGAGGUAAAGGCUGUGUACCUCAUUACUGAUAUUGAUACUUCUCUCCUCACUCUCCCUCGUCAAAUCUCGCCAAAAUGAUUUACUUCUUCUGUGAUGUAUCGCUUUCUUGUUCUUCUAAUACAAGGCACAGGCACAAAGUACAGGAAGAAGGGAACGAGGAGAAAGCGAGCGAAAAAAUGAAUUGCGCAGUGAUGUUCAACAAGUUUGACCGCAAGAACCAGGGCUGGGGAGUUAAGAAUCGGGAAACUUGAACUGCGUCUUCGCUUAUUUUAUAAGUACAGUUAUUUUCUCUUUCAUCUUGCUCGUGCUCCUUAUUUAUUCAGCUUUUCCUUUUCGCAUUCAUAGAUAUGGUAUCAGGACCCGCCAUUCUUGUCCUUUUGCAGCAGGAAGAUCCAUAUUGAAAUACUGAGAUUAACCUGACUGAUGAUUUUUAUCCCAGCGUAGUUGCACUCGAUCGUGCCGCUGCAUAUCAUGGCGCUUUCUAUCGAUGUGGUAGCACACACAAAUCAUUGCAUAGGGAUAGGGUGCAUUCUCUUGAUGUAGUAGUACACAAACAGAACUGGUAGUUGCUCGUAGUUGCUAGGUGGCAGCAGGGUAAGGAAACGGGAAUGGUAGACGUAGACCCACGUAACAAAAAAAAAGCUGCUACGUGUUUCGGGUGAAUGAGUCUGCGAGCAGUUAAUAAAGCACUACAUGACGCAGUUAUAUUGUAUGAAGAAGAAUUUCUCGCCAAAACAAACAAACAAAAACUUUCCAUCGUCUCCUGCUCUAAGAUAGAGUUCCUCAGAGGACGCGACAAGCAAAAGGACAGCGGCGCUACUUUGGCCUACAAAGCGGUCUGCGGUUCUGGGUUGGAUGCUAAGCUUUAUUCUUAAGGCUUCGUCUUGUUCUACUUGAGGAUAUGACUAGUAGGAUUUUUUGUAGAUUAGGUAGCGCUGGGCCACAAGGCUGCCCAGUCUUGGCAAGUCUCUCGCGGGGAGACGUUGGGCAAGGCGCUCGCUUGUUGUGAUUGGGCUUACAGCUUGCGGCAGGUGCUGCCUCGCUGGUUUGAUCCCUGUGGGCAUUCUGUGGGGCCGCGAGGAGUUCUCUACUGCUUUUGGGGGUAUCAUGAUGGGGAACGUUUCGCGUGCUCGCGUGGGUGUCUUUCUUCUCGGCUUUCCUCAUCAGCUCCGAGGGGUCACCUACGUCGAUGCCCGUCUUCAUCUUGGUCUUCUGCUUGCGUAUGCGUCGGAUCAUUUAGAGCCGGCCACGGGAAUACACUACGGCGACCGCCCUGCGCUUUUGAAGAACUUGGUCAGAACUGACGGGAGGUCGGGGGCCACCGCUGUGCCGCGAAAGAUGGCCGCAAAAUCUUCGCCAAAGGUUGCCGGGGCUGGUCUUCGUUGGCUCCGUGGCUGUUUGUAAGGACAAAGAUGAAGGCGCCGGCGUGGCCUCGGGCGCUUUGUGUCUCUGUUGUGUCUCUCCGUUGCUAACAGCCCCGGCGCCGGGUGGGUGUGGACCGCCCGCAGGCCAUUGAAAUCGGUGCCGCCUGGAAUGCAGCCGCGGCGCACCGACCUGCGCAAGCUCCUCGAGGUGUCGAAAACUCGGGCGGAGGAUAGGGCAAACGUAGGCGGGGAAGCAGUGGCAAAAUGGGACGGCGUUGGCCAUCUUCUUGCGCUUGCGGGCCUGGGGUGGCUCUUCGUUUUUUUUUUUUCUAUUUGAAAAAAAACUUUUGGGAGAGUCUACCUCUGCGGGGUCUUUCUGAAGAGAUAAGCUCAGGAGGCUCCAGCAUUGUCAAAACUUGCAAACUUUCAGCAAACAGUCCGCGCGGGUUGGUUCUGAGGCUUUCGCCCUCUGUGUCUUUUCGGUGAAGACAUGGAAAUGGGUCGCCAGGGAAAAAACCCGCAGAAACUUGCAGCGGGCCCGCAUGGGGCUCCGCGUUUUCUGUCUCUGGUUUUUGUGGUUUCUCUGUCUCUCUCCAGACUUGUGAAGCCUUUGGCGCUGUGCAUCCGUUUGGAAGCUUGGCGGGUGGCUGCGCUGCAGACUGGUCGGCCGGCUUGUGAUGCUCUCGGCGCAGUGGCUGGCUUAGUCGUGUGUGGGUUGUCUUGUGUUGGUUUUGUUUUCGGAGCUCUUGCGGGCUUCGUGUUAAUGCGACAAGGACAGGGGCUGCGCGCAUGAGUGUCGGCAGCCAACUUCUUCCCAAGAUUUUUUGUCAUCGGUGACCUCUGGGCGCGGUGUUCUCCAAAAGAUGGCAGGGACAUGGCUGCAGCGGUGGGCGUGCGCUAUCUCUUCGGCCUGGAAAUGUUGAAGGCCGCUUGCUUGUUGGUCGUUGGCUUUGGAAGAACUAUACGCGUUUCGGUCUAUCGUUCGGCUCCUCUGAGGUCUUCCCUGUGGUGCUUUGUCUUUGAUUGGGGUGAGAGAGUGAAACAACGAACGAGAGAGAGGAGGAACCAGAGGCACACGCGUAACGGUAAACCCGUCAGGCGUUUGCUUGGAUAUUGCUCCGCAUGAGUUUGCGAGAGGUGUGAGAACCACAGACGCCCGCGCCAACUAUGGGCAACGUGCCAGGGGUGGCGCUCAUGGUCAGGGGUUGCCUUAUUCGUCUGGUGAUCUUGGUCGUUUUGGUUCUGAUGAUCUUCGCCCCGGAUCUUUGUGGAUCUUCAUGGGAUUCCAAUGGGCUCCCUUUGUGACAAGCAUGCAGAGUAGUAAUGAAAGUAAUACAUUCCCAAGAGUCCUCCACUCACAUAGUUUUAAGUCCUCGUCGGUCGUCCCAGUGGAUAAGAAAGAAAGGCCCACAUGAGUACACAAGAAAGGAGGAAGAUCUUGCUGAUGUAGUAUGCACCCCAUAGAAGUAGAAGGUGAUGAGAAUUUCAGACCCCAAAGUAGCAUAUGUAAUGCUGUCUGGUCUUCACGGCCUCGUUAGAAUGCUGGUCACCAUAUUAAUGGCAUUCAUCACCACGAUCCCCCUGUGAAAAUUCUUGAUAUCAUGAUUGGAAGCGUUCGAGAAUGAAUUAUUUCAGUUCCUAAAAAGUUGAGAUGGAAUAGAAAACUAUUUUUUUCUGUAACUACAGCAACCCCUUGGUUCUAAGUCAGUGAUAAACCAGCAUUGAAGGAAUGGGUGCAAAAGACCUACGGAGACUUAUGGCCGCCAUGAGUUUACAACAUGAUGACCUUGGCCUAGUCCUUCUAUCCUAAAUAAUAAUUCAAAUUCUAUUAAAGCAUCUACAUCACUUCUACUCUCCUGAAAUUACAAUUUUUAGUAAAAACAAACUACUUUCCUAGAAACAACAUUUUAUAUUUUUGAGCUCCUGUCGAGGACUUUCAUUACUUAGAUGCAAUCAUCGUCACCAUUAUCGUUAUCAAUAUCAUUAUCGUUAUCCCUAUGGAUAUCAUGAUCGUUAUAUAUCAUCAUCCAUCGUUAUCAUCAUCAUUAUCCUUAUCAGUACCAUUAUCGUUAUCAUUAUCCUUAUGCUUAUCCUUAUCAUGAUCACCAUCAUCAUCAUCAUCAUCAUCCUUCCAUAGCAGCUGCCUACUUGUAUGAUCAUAUUACUUAUUGCUCUAUCAUAUCUUAUCAAAUAGACACCACUACCUGAGCACCAACAGCCUUUCAAUUAUUAGCAAGAAGACCUGUGAUGAUCAUGAUGAUUAUGGUUGCUGCUAUUUUGGGUCGUACUUAUAUGGUCAUCUUCAGUACUUCACUCGCUCUUCUUCUAAGACUGAUUGACGUCGAAAAGCCCAGCAAGGACACGCAGUACCAAGUUCCGAUGAAAGUUAUGGCUAUAGACACUUUGAUUACAUACAGGAUGAUACUAAAUAUAUGAAUGCAGGAGUCGUGCGCGUGUCGUGUGUCUGGUCAGUUCAUCUACACUUUCAAUUCAUCUUGAGGUCCUCCAGUAAGAAAUUGCAACUACCAUAAUUCAAGAGAAUGUCCUCUGGUCAGAAGUUUUCCAUCGCAUUUUUAGAACUAGAGACUCUAGUUCUAAACUCUCAAUAUUUGCCCAUCUACUUCUUGACCCCGAUCCUCCAGAGAAGGUGGAUUAGACUGUACAGUAGCUGUAGUCCAUUCAUCCUGCUCUUCCAGAGAUGGAUUAGAAGACUACGGUAGGUGUGCUCCUACUCCACCCUCCAUGUAUUCUAAAAAAAAUAUAGAUAACAAGAGAGUGGUUCUAGUAGAGGUUUACAAGCUCAAAUCGAACUAAAUCAUCUAUACCCCGCGAUUGGGUAGUACACUACUGCUCCAAUUGCCACUAACUACUAUGAUUUUUUUGUUCCUCCAAUAAAGAAGUUUACAAGCUCAAUAACUACUAAGAACAAUCUUUUAUUCCUCUAAUAAAGAAGUGGAGAAAGGCGCGUAUGACGCGACAAAGAAUUCCUUCUACCAAUGCUGCAAUAAUGGUUGUUCUUCCUCUUCUUGCCGUUAA